AUGUCCCAGAUACUCAUUUUACUAUUACUAUUACAAAAAGAUCUAGAAGACUUAAUAUGGGGCUCAAAUAAACCUCAAACUCAAACAAUUGCUUCAAAGUCUUUAAACGACUUAAAGGCCACCCCAAAACUAUCAACCACUUCCUCCUCAACAACAACUACGUCAACAUCAGCCACCCUACCAAUUUUUAAGACUGUGUGCUCUACUCCUUCAACUAAACCAACUCAUCGUUCUACCAAUUCCAUAAUAGAUCAAUUUGAUCUAUUAUUAGGAAAUUCUAACAAAUCUAAUCCUCCUCUUCCUUCUGUUGAUUCCGCAAACAAUUUAAUAAAUCAAAUAAUUUCACAUAAUUUACCACCAAAGAACCAUAAUACUUCAAAUAAUAAUGGAACAAAUCAACGGGAUAUAGACUUAUUAACUAAUAAUCCAACAAACAUUUCAAGUAUACCUAUUUCUUAUUCUGAAAAUAAUGAUUUACUGGACCUAGGCAUUCCAUGUAAUCCCGUCAUCAUAAGUGAUAAACCACCACCAAAACCACCAAGAUCAAGAAAACCACCCUUGCCAUCUAGAUCAACUAAACCAAAUAUAGAUUUAUUGAGUGCAUCAAAACAAUUAAGAAAUUCUGAAACCAAUAAAACUAAAGGAAAUGGUUUUUUUAAAUUGGGUCAAUUUGGUGAAGCUGAAAACCAUUAUUCACUGGCAAUUAACUCUCUCCCUUCAAAUCACCUACUUCGUGUGGUCCUUCACAAUAACCGAGCUGCUGCUCGACUCAAAAAUGGAAACCAUCAUGGUUGUGUGGAGGAUUGCUCAUUGGCAAUUGAAUUGAUUGAUGACCACAUGUUACCAUUACCACCUGACAUUGACAUAAAUAUAAAAGAUCAGUAUACUAAAGCUUUAUUAAGACGUGCUUCUGCUUAUGAAGCAAUGGAAAAAUAUGAUUUUGCAAAACAUGACUAUCAAAAAAUAAUUUAUGUUGAUCCUAAUGUUGGGAAAAAUAUUAAUGAGGGCUUGAGAAGAUGUCAAAAGGCUAUUAAAAUGAUGUAUAAUGAUCCAAUAGUGGAACAAAAAACAAUGAUGCAACCAAUUGAUCCUAAUAAUCCUGCAGUGAUGAGACUACGUGACAAAGCACAAAAACAAGAGUGGGAGGAGGUUGAAAAGCUAAGAUUGAAGGAUCAAGUUGAUAAGAAACUGUUGUUAUGGAAAAGCAGCAAAGAAUCAAAUAUAAGGGCAUUGAUUAGUAGUCUUGAUUUAAUAUUAUUGCAUGACCUUGAUUGGAAAAAAAUUGGAUUGCAUGAAUUGGUUACUCCUUCACAAGUUAAAAUAAAAUACAUGAAGGCCAUUUCGAAGUUACACCCAGAUAAACUUAAUCGUUCAACUACCACUAUUGAACAAAGGCUUAUAGCCAAUGGAGUAUUUUCUGUUUUAAAUGAUGCCUGGGAUACUUUUAAAAUACAAAAUAAUUUAUAA